UGCUUUGGAGGUUUGUUGUGUUUACUUGUGAGAGUAUUGUUUGUGUAGGUUGGUCCCCGGCGAGUAGUGACUCCACUUCAGCCUCCUGCCGGUCGGAUACUAGCGGCAGCUGACGGUGACAGCAGGGUGUUGUUAGCUGCUCACUGAUAGGAGAUAAACCGGGGGAGGACGGCUGUCUCGGUGAGAUAAAAGACACAAUAACGGUCAAAACUUGACAAUGUAGUGACAACAAGCCCCACAGCGGCUCUGCGAUGUUCACGGUGCGUUUAUACAAUCAGCUGGGGGACUGAAAUGUUUUUCCGAAUGGACUCAAGAAGAACAACAUCCACACUUGAAAAUCACUGAAUACAUUCGGUAAAAAAUCUUUAUUUUCUCUACUUUGUCAACUUUAGUUAAUAUCUCAAACAAUGCGACUUUUAAUCCGUAUGUCACGGUGCACACACGGAGGGCAUUUACACAGACUCAAACCACAGCCCGUGGUGUUAUGGCUGGACCACCGCCGGACCCUCUCUCCCGCCCUCCGGAGGAAAAGACAGCCGACCGGGGUCAGGUGCUCAGCUCCUCUGACACCCGCUUUACGCCUCUCCUCACCCGGGCCCUUCACGUCCGUCCUGCCCUGCAUAAGCCCACUCAGAGGUCUCUCUUCAGUCUGCUCCUUACAUACCUCCAGCCCCGCAGACAGAGCACGGACAGUCUCACACACACCUGUUGCCUUUAAAAGCUCCUCAGCAGCUUCCACUCCUACUCCAUCCGGAUCAGUGAAGACCCAGACAGACCCAGACAGAGACCGCACGCCGACCAGCGUCCCCAUGGACGAUGUCAAGAGGAUUUUGAAGCUCGCUUACCCAGAGAGAGGGAGACUGGCAGCUGCUCUGGGCUUCCUAACUGUCUCCAGUGCAGUAACCAUGUCAGCUCCAUUUUUCCUGGGUAGAGUUAUUGACACCAUUUACACCACUGGGGCAGACACAGAGACCAUGACAGCCUCCCUAACAUCGCUGUGUAUCAUGCUGUCCGGGGUGUUCCUGUGCGGCGGGGCAGCCAAUGCUGCGAGAGUCUACCUCAUGCAAAUCUCAGGCCAGCAGAUUGUUCGUAAUCUCCGUACUUCCGUCUUCUCCUCCAUCCUCAACCAGGAAGUGGCGUUUUUUGACAGGAAUAGGACUGGCGAGCUUAUCAACCGGCUCUCUGCUGAUACAGCCGUGGUGGGCCGCUCAGUCACUGACAAUCUGUCAGAUGGCCUGAGAGCUGUUGCCCAGGCAGCUGCUGGUGUUAGUAUGAUGUUCUACGUCUCCCCCACUCUAGCAAGCUUCGUGUUGCUAAUUGUGCCUCCUGUAGCUGGUCUUGCUGUAGUCUACGGUAGAUAUUUGCGCUCCAUCUCCAAACACACUCAGGACGCGCUGGCACAAGCCACACAGUUGGCAGAGGAGCGGAUCAGCAACAUGCGGACAGUGCGGGCUUUUGGUAAAGAGCUGUCAGAGGUCAACUCGUACACACAGAAAGCAGAUCAAGUCCUCAGCUUGGCCAGGAAGGAAGCUGUAUUACGAGCUGGCUUCUUUGGAGUGACUGGUCUCAGUGGUAACAUCAUGAUCCUGUCAGUGCUUUACAAAGGAGGCCUUCUGAUGGCCAACCAGCACAUGACUGUGGGAGAGCUCUCAUCGUUCCUCAUGUACACCUUCUGGGUGGGCAUCAGUGUCGCAGGUCUGAGUUCAUUCUACUCUGAGCUGAUGAAGGGUUUUGGUGCAGGAGCCAGACUGUGGCAGCUGAUAGACAGAAAGCCUGAGUUUCCUCAAAAUGAGGGUCUAAUUCUUCCUUCAGACCAGCUGAAGGGCCAGUUGGAGUUCUGCGAUGUCUCCUUUGCCUACCCGACCCGUAAGGAGGCUCCCAUCUUCCAGGAUCUCAGUCUGCUGGUCCCCGCUGGCACAAUCAUGGCUGUUGUGGGAUCCAGCGGUUCUGGAAAAUCCACUCUGGUGUCACUGCUGCUCAGGCUGUAUGACGCAGAUGCUGGUGUCAUUACUGUAGAUGGCCAUGACAUCAGAGAUCUAAAUCCCUAUUGGCUCAGAAAUCACAUCGGGACUGUCAGCCAGGAGCCGGUUCUGUUCUCAUGCUCUAUUAGAGACAACAUAGCGUAUGGUGCCGUCGAUCGAGACGCUGUGACCACAGAGGACAUCUACAGGGCAGCCAGAGUGGCCAACGCCUAUGAUUUCAUCCAGGCUUUUCCUCAUGGCUUUGACACUGUGGUGGGAGAGAAAGGAGUGCUGUUGUCAGGUGGUCAGAAGCAGAGGAUAGCCAUAGCCAGAGCUCUGCUAAAGAAUCCUAAGAUCCUGCUUUUAGACGAGGCUACAAGCGCGUUAGAUUCUGAGAAUGAGUUUCUAGUCCAGGAGGCCUUGGAGCGCCUGAUGGAAGGGAGGACCGUAUUGAUCAUCGCUCACCGUCUUUCCACCAUCCAAAACGCAAACGCUGUCGCCGUGCUGGAUCAGUGUCGUGUAGCAGAGUGCGGCCAGCACACAGAGCUGCUAGGCAACAGGCAGGGACUGUUCAGAAAACUGAUGGAAAAACAGGCUUUUCUGCAUGAGGAACAGAAACAGGCCCUGCGCUGAGAGGAGACGUGUGGAUAAAAAAAGAUAGAGUGAAUAAGAGGUGAGAUUAAUAGUGAGUUUUUCCCCAGAAGGG